GGCUUAGAGCUAGCUCUUAGCUCACCACCAUCCUCCUUCUGGCUAUCCAGCCAAAUCAUAAUCAGACGGUGAAAAAUGCACGCCCGCCGCCUCCUCCCUCUCCUCCUGCUGCUCGCCGCCGCCGGCCGCUCGCUGGGCCGCGGCGGCAUCUUCGGGACUGCACCGCCGCCGUCCAGCCCCGGCGGUGGCGACGACGACCAGAAGUGCAGCCGGACGUGCGAGUCCGCGUACUGCACGGGCACCUUAGAGGCUCCGUUGAUGCGGUACGGCAAGUACUGCGGCGUGUCCUACACGGGGUGCCCCGGCGAGCCCCCCUGCGACGCCCUCGACGCCUGCUGCAUGCUCCACGACGCCUGCAUCCAGACCACCGACGACUACCUCAACAUGUGGUGCAACCAGAGCCUGCUCGACUGCGUGGCCACCGUGAGGACGGCCGCGGCGGCGGCGGGCGGGGGCGUGGAGGCCGUGCUGACGACGUUCGAGGGGAACCGCUGCAACGCCACGGACGUCGCCGACGAGAUCACCUCCAUCCUCGAGGCCGCCGUGUACGCCGGGAGCAUCCUGCACAGAGCGCCGGCGCCGGCGCCCGCGCCGUAGCUCCCUGGCCACUGUUGAUGCGCGUUUGAUAUGGAGUUCUGAGCAGGUGUGGUCUGGUUGAAGUCGGUGGCCUAGCACCUAAGUAAAGAUGGACCGGUGUCGGCAGAGGGUGGAUUAUUGAUUGAAGGGAUUUUUUUCUCUGGUCCUCACUACUCUCGAUCCCCUCUGAUUUUUCGGUACUGAGCUCCCCUGACAUACUGCGGAGUGCAGUUGGGUCACUGACAUGUGAGCCAACCAGCUUCCGGGCCCACAUGUCAGUGGCUCAACCGCACCCUGCAGUACAUAUCAAACGUGCAUCAACGUGAUGUUAGGGGAGCCUCGUUCGAUUUUUUGACAUCCUCGUGUAUGCCCCUAUUUCUUUGAUGGUGUUACGUAAAUGCGCUUCAGCUCCAUUUUCGUCGGGCCAAAGAUGUUUGACCGUAAUUGAGACAAUAUGUGGACUGGCUUGUGUAAAAGAGAAAGAAAGAUUGAAGG